AUGCAUCUCACAACACUUUUGGCUGCGAGCCUUCUCCCGGCGCUUCCCUAUGCCCGUUCUAUUCCCUCGCGUCGAGGUGUGGAUUGUUCGUUCUACACCUCUCCCGACAGUGGAGCGACAUGCGCAACCUUUGCUGAUGCCUGGGGCAUGUCUGAGGAUGAUUUCAAGGCAUUGAACCCUGGUAUCAAGUGCCCUAGCAUCGACACGGCAAUGUCCUACUGUGUCAUUGGGUCUGUUACCGAUGGUGAUGAUGAACCUUCAUCUACCGCCGCCGGUCCCAAAAGCACAGUUCCCGCUUCUACCAAGAUGACUUCGGUUAUUAAGACAACCGCUACCCCUAUUAAGCCCACCGUUACCCAAAAGCCCUCUACAACCAAGCAGCCUUCUGGCAAUGGUAUCAAAACCCCAGAACCUAUCCAGGAAGGCAUGGUGACCAACUGCAACAAGUUCCACUAUGUGUCACCCACAACCAGUUGUCAGGGCAUUCUUAACUAUAACAAGAUUUCCCUUGCCGACUUUGUCAAGUGGAAUCCGGCUGUCGGCCGAGAAUGCGAACUACUCUGGGCCGGCACGAACGCAUGCGUCGGUGUCAUCGGCUCCACCCCAUCUCUCACAACAACCACUAAGCCUAAGCCUGUAACAACUACUGUUAAGGGCAACGGAAUCAAGACGCCAGAGCCCAUUCAAGAAGGUAUGGUGUCCAAUUGUAACAAGUGGCACUUUGUUGGAGACACGACUACCUGCCAAGGCAUUAUUAACUACAACAAAAUUACUCUUGACGACUUCGUUGCAUGGAAUCCAGCUGUCGGUAAAGGCUGCAGCCACCUCUGGAAGGGCACUCAUGCGUGUGUUGGCGUGGUAGGGUCCAAUCCCAAGCCAAAGCCAACAGCAACGGCUCCCAGUAACGGAAUCAAAACACCUUCUCCUAUUCAAGAGGAUAUGGUCAAGAAUUGCGUCACAUUUCACUACAUCAGUUCCACAACCACGUGUCAGGCCCUUCUGAAGUACAGGAAGAUCACAAUAGACCAGUUCUUCAAGUGGAACCCAGCAGUUAAGAAGGAUUGCAGCGGUUUAUGGAAGGAGACUCAUGCUUGUUUUGGCGUUAAAUAG